AUGGCCAACAUGCAAAUUGUCCCAGCUUACAAGAAAAUUGUGGAAGCACAGUAUGUUGAAAUGAUGGUUCCAUUGUAUUCCUAUGGAUGUGAGAAGAAAAUAAAGAAAACCUUGUCCAGUCUUAAAGGCAUAUACUCUGUGAGUGUGGAUUACUAUCAACAAAAGGUUACUGUGUGGGGAAUUUGCAACAAAUAUGAUGUGCUAGAAACCGUGAGAAGCAAAAGAAAAGAGGCUCGGUUUUGGAACCAAGAAGACAAUGUUGCAUUAGAGAAAUCACAAUCACCCUCGUCUUCACCAUCACCUUUUCCUCAAAAGGAUUUUAAGCCCUCUUUAGCUUUAACCAAGGUUCGGUCUCUGAGUUUGAAAGCAUGGAAGAAGGUCUUCGCUAGAUCAUAUUCUUUCUAA